AUGGCGUUCGCCUCCAUAAAUUCUUCUGGUGCGCCCAUCGCCGCCAUUGAGGAAGCCUUCGCGACAGAGCCCUCAUUGAAAAAGAGGGUGUACGAUGCGAUCGGAACAACACCACAGCACACACCCUUAUUCGAAGAUAUUGCAAAAUAUACCUCCAGCCUGCUGGCCAGGACUGCCAACACGACCCUUCCCUCACGUCCGCCGGCCGAUGGCCCUGCGGUUAAAAAGCGCAAGCUGCAGAAUGGGGAGUCAGGAGAGACUGCGCAGGCGUCAGUUGACCUGAAAGAUGCCAACGCGCCGGUUCAAUUCUAUGUGAAAGACGUUUCGUUCGCAACACCGCAGAGGAAGAAGCUCACUCUCGAGAUCACCGCCGGGCACCAAUAUUUGCGGGCAAGGAACCAGGCCACAAAAGAGAUCGAAUUUGGCGUCUCUAUGGAUAAAAUCAAGCAUGCGCUCUGUCUCCCUGUGCCAGAGAAGACACAAAAACAAUUCAACUUCUGUAUCAUCCCUGAAUAUGCGGAUGGCAUCACACCCCCGCCGGAGGGAACAACCACAUCCGAAGCCAUGGUGUUUACGAUAGCCGAUGGGCCAGCCAAGGCAGCAUUCUCAGGAGACGGGCAGCAGAUCAAUCAAGCGCCAGGCGAAACAGCCGAUGUCCUGCUUUGCAAGAUUCUGAACGAGAACAUGCGCCGUUGCAAUGUGGUACGGCCCGACGACAAGCAGUUUGUCAGUGCCAUGCCAGAGGCGCACCGAAAGGGCGAGAAAGCAUACCAUGUCAAGGCAUUCCGCGGCAGUAAAGAAGGCUACCUUUUCCUUCUAUCCACUGGUAUCCUAUUUGCUUUCAAGAAACCCCUUCUGUUCUUCUCAUUUGACACCAUUGAUUCUGUCUCAUAUACUUCCGUUUUGCAGCGGACGUUCAACCUCAACGUCAUGGCUCGCCCAACUGGUGGCUCCGAGGAAGACAACCAGGAGUUUGAAUUCUCGAUGAUCGACCAAGCCGAUUUCUCCGGAAUCGACACCUACAUAAAACGUCACGGUCUCCAAGACGCUAGUCUUGCGGAUGCGCGCCGCGCUAAGGUCUACAAUGUCAACAAGCCCACUGGAGAUGAGCAAGCCGCCACCGAGGCGGCAGAUGGGGAUGAGAGUGAGCUUCAGAAAGCUCAGCGGGAACUUGAAGACCAAGAGGAGGAAGAUGAAGAGGACUACGACCCCGGCAGUGACGAUAGUGAAGGCAGCGGGUCCAGCAGUGACGAAGAUGAUGAUGAUGACGACGAAGAAGAAGAAGAAGCACACGGUAGUGAUGAAGAUAUGGAGGGGACUGAAGAGCUUGGAGAAGCCGCAACUGCAGCGGAAUAA